CUAUAAAUACAACGUAUACACCUUUUACAAACUCAAUCUCUCUCUCCUCUAUCUCACUGCUAUUCUCUCUAAUAUGACGACUAACAAGUGUGUUACACGUCAAGACACCCAAACUACCCCAAUCCACACGGGCAUAAGUAGUAAGAAAGGAGAAUCCAUCAAAAAAUCAGAACAAUUAGAAGAAGUACGUAGUCUUCUUAACAAUGGUUCUUCCAAAACAAAAUUAGAAAUGGUUGACACUCUCCAAAAACUUUGCAUCAACCAUUACUUCCAAGAGGAGAUCGACUCGAUAUUAAAAAUGUUUCACACUAGAAUGUCCAAUUCUCUUGACUAUGAUCAUGGUCCAAGUCUUUAUGAGGUUUCCCUCAAUUUUCGAAUCCUUCGACAAGAAGGUUACUAUGUUCCGGAUGACGUAUUUUCAAUCUUCAAACAAAAGGAUGGAAAGUUCAAGGGAGAACUAGCAGAAGAUGUGAAAGGUCUAAUGGCAUUAUAUGAAGCCUCACAGCUAAGCAUAGAAGGAGAUCACGUGAUUGAAGAGGCUGCGUAUUUUAGCAGCCAUGGACUAAUAGAAAAGAUUCCAUUUCUUGAUCAAGAUAAAGCUACAAUGGUGAAUGAUACUUUACAACAUUCAUAUCAAAGAACCUCGCCAACUUUCAUGGUCAAGAAAUUUAUCAAACAUUACAUAGGGACCACCAUGUCUGAACUAGCCUUAUUGGAGUUGGCUAAAGUCCAGUCGCUACAUCGAACUGAAGUAGAUAUAAUCUCCAGAUGGUGGAAGGAUUUGGGUUUAGCACAAGAGUUUAAGGAUGCAAGGAACCAACCGUUACACUGGUACUUAUGGCCGAUGGCGAGCCUCAUUGAUCCUAGCUUGUCGGAGCAGCGAAUCGAGCUCACAAAGCCCAUUGCUUUAGUCUUCCUGAUUGAUGACAUUUAUGAUGUCUAUGGAACUCUAGACGAACUUAUACUCUUCACAGAAGCAGUGAAAAGAUGGGACAGUAACACUCUUGAACAACUCCCAUAUAACCUAAGAAUCUGUGUUGAGGCUCUAUAUAAAGUAACACAAGAAAUCAGUGACAAGAUCUACAAGAAGUAUGGGUUCAAUCCCAAUGAGUUUUUGAAACAAGCGUGGACAAACCUUUGUGAAGCAUUUCUAGUAGAAGCAAAAUGGUUUGCUCUGGGACACAUGCCUAUGGCUGACGAUUACUUGAAGAAUGGGAUGGUUAGUACUGGGGCACAUGUUGUGAUCGUGCACUUGUUCUUCCUCCUUGGUGGUGGUACCAGCAAAGAAAGUGCUAUAAUUAUUAACGAUAACAAUAUUUCAUCUUGUUUGGCAAAGAUUCUCCGUCUUUGGGAUGAUUUAGGAAGUGCUAAGGAUGUGAAUCAAGAUGGUCAUGAUGGAUCAUAUGUGACAUACUACGUGAAAGAAAACGAAGGUUGUUCGAUCCAAAAUGCACGCGAUCAUGUUAUGGCUAUGAUAACCAACACUUGGAAGCAACUAACUAAGGAGUGUCUCUCCCCAAAUCAGUUUUCAGAUACAUUUACAAAGGCUUGUCAGACUCUUGCAAGGAUGAUUCCACUUAUGUACAAUUAUGACGAGAAUCAUUCCCUUCCUCUCAUGGAGGACUAUAUAAAAUCCAUGUUUUAGUAGAGAGAAGACAUUCUUCAAGCUCUCACUACAAACACAUAUAAGGGUGUGUCAAGUUAAAUACGUACUAGUAUCUUGUAUAGUUGUACUUCAACCUAAAUAUGAUGUGAUUCUAGGACGCUUUAGACAGGGGAGUGUUUGUUUGCAACGAGAAGAGCCGUCCCCGAAAACUCUAAAAAAAUUUAAGGACUCGGGCGAUAAAAAGAAUUGGGCCCAAAAUUAUGGUUAAAGAGAAAUAAAUUAAAAAAAAUUAAACC